CACUUGCAGCAUCUCACAUUGCAGUGCAGUACGGUAAUCGAUCGAUUUUUCAUUUUUCCCCGUAAAAUUUCUUGGCUUCCACUUUCCGUAACACAACAUAAAUAAACCAGCAACAAACUCUUCUCCAUUGUUCCCUACUGGUUACUGUUUUACUGUAGAAUCGUGCAACGAUUCAUGGAAGUAUUUGCAUGCCUGUACAGAUAGCCGUACUUGAUACCUCCCAACUUCCCGUUUCUCGCUCCCCUUGGCCAGCAAGUGCCAAGUAUUUACUAUAUCAUGGAAGAGAUUUAUCUUUUUAUGACAGCCUGACAAGUGACGGAUUUUAGAAGACGAAUUGCCUUAAACUGGGAGCACUGCCACUGGAGAUAACUCAAAUAAGUUCUCAACAACCUCCAUAAACAUGGAUUAUUUCGACGACGUUCUAGAUGAAAUGAUGCAGAUAUUUAAUGACGAGGGCGCUCCGGACUUCGGGGAUAGCGUGCCCGAUUGCACGGGCGUGGAUUUGGAUCUCUUCAAUGUCGACAGCACCAACGCGAUUAACCUGCACACGGAUCCGAUUCUGGGCAGUUUCAAUCCUUCCAGCACAAUCAUCAGCCCUCACCAACGGGACGGAUUUUGGGAUCCCCCUGGUCCAGCAAGCGCGCGGCCUGGUUAUCCCUACCAGGUGUAUCCGCAGACGGCGCCAACAUUUCCCGUGUCCGUAUCGCAGUCGUACGUGCCAUCUGCCGCUUCCAGUGUGUACAGUGUGACAGCCCCGAUCCCCGUGACUGUAUUUGGCCCUAAUUCACCGGGCUCAAGCUCCACGAGCUCCGACUCAGCAGAUCUUUUGCCCAAAUUACUGGCGCAGCCAACACAAGUUAGCUUGAAGACGGCCAAUCGGAUCUCUGUUCCCAUUUCGGCGAUUUCACAAAAGCCAGGACAGACGUUGGUUUUACAACAACCACAUUCGGGUCAAAAUUCUGGCCUUCCCAUUGUUACCAUCACUACUCCCAUACAGCCAGCCACUACGACACCCGUAUCUCUGACUACGCUUACAUCUGAAGGACUAUCGACAUCGGAAAAGUUGCCAAUCAGAAGAUUGACAUCGCAAAAUGUGAAAGCAGUGGUACCCACACGAGUUGAAAAGCGGGUAUCGCACAACGAAAUUGAACGCAAAUAUCGGAUAAGCAUCAACGAUGGAAUCGCUGAGCUGCGUCAGCUACUGUCUCGCCCGGAUGAAAUAAAGCCGUUAAAUAAAUCCGCUGUUCUACGGACGGCUUCUGAUCGCAUUCGAAGUAAACAAAAAGAAGUUCAGAAGCUGAAAGAGAUUAUGCAGAAAUUGCGGGAUGAAAAUCUUAUACUGCGCGCAAAGUUGCAGGAUAAAGGAGAAAAUUUGCCACCGAUGUUUGAUUAUCACCUUGAGGACCCAGCCUCUCCAAAUUUCCUUCCCUAUUCGGAUUACAGUAGUAGCAUAAGCGGUUCGGAACCUGCGAGCCCGCAGACGUCUACUUCCAUUGAUGCAACAUCUGGCGAGGAGUCUGAGAAAGCAAAACCUGCAAAUGGUAAACGCAAAGCGCCACGUGCGAAGACAGCGAAAACCGGAAUUCAUGAUCGCUCUAGAAUGCUUUUGUGCAUCAUGAUGUUUUCCGUAUUCUUCUUUAAUCCAAUGCAGUAUUUAUUUGGAAGCUCUGGAAUUUUUGCCUCACCGGCUGAACGUAUUAUGGAGACGGAAACGUUAUCCGCUGGAUCACUUGAUGGAAGAGAUACACCGAUUGGGCAUUCUACAUGGGUUGUUUGGUUAUUGAACAUCGGUAUCGUGUUGGGCAUACUGAUACGACUGUACGUCUACGGCGAGCCAGUGUUGAAGCCGAAGACUGAAGCGGCUGUUCGGUUUUGGAGUUACUCUAAACAGGCGGAUCGCGAUAUUGCCAAGGGCGAUCGUGAAAGUGCCGUGCAGAAUAUAUCCACUGCAUUUGAGGCGUGUGGUCGACCGCUGCCCACUGAUCACUUGGAUAUAUUCGCGAGCCUGUGUUGGCAGUCAUUUCGGCAUAUGCUGCAUCAUUUGGUGAUUGGAAAUUGGCUGGAGGAGACCGUAGGAUUCUCUUGGAAAGUGGACAAGCCUCAUAGGCUGGAGAUUGUUCAAAAAUCUGCUCGCGAUGCCGCUCUUUUAUAUCACAAAUUACAUCGAAUUUAUGUCACUGGAUGUAGCAAAUCGGAGCGGUUUUUGGGAGGAAUGAAUCUGGCACUGAGCGCGGUUAACUUGGCCGAAGCAGCUGGAGAAGCCAUGCCGGCUGAAAUGUUUGUGGAGAUGUACGCGGCUAUUGCUCUGGAAAUGAAGCGCUCUCUUCCAAGCCCGUUGUGGCAUUUUCUGUGUUAUACGCUUAAUCGUGCUCGCCGAGUGUGCUUCAAAACGUAUGGUGACAUUCCCGAGAAAUGGCGUUGGUUAUUCCAUCCAAUGACUCUUAGAUUUCUCCGCACUUAUAAUCCCGAAUUUAAUGACUGGAACAGCAAACUGACAACCCUUCAGUGUGUUGAUGAUCCCGUGGCGUACUUCGCUCGAGCAUUUCGAGAGGAAAUUUUGCGCUCGCUUAUGGAUGAUUAUGGAAGAGUGGUGUCGGGGCAAAAUUUGAAUAAAGACGAUCUGGUGGACGACUUCUUAGGAAGAGUAGAUUUGGCUAUCGAAUCAUCGGCUUAUGGAGAGGUUGACUGGAGUCCUCUUGACAAUCGCGGAGGUCUUCUCCGAGACCAGCGCGCUCAAUGGUGGGCUGCACUGCUGGGCACAUCUGUAGCAUCUGGUGCCAAUCAACACUAUCGUAUCCAGCUGAAAAAGUAUUCGGAGAUACUGUCGACGCCUCUUGUUUGUUUAUCGGGAGAACCAACGCCUCCAGCUGUAUAUGCAUGCUACAAAGCGACCAUCUCAGGAACAGAGAAAGGAUGUACCAAUUCGCCUCCUGUUGCGUAUGCCAACAGAUUACUAACAGCGGCUCUAUUGGUGGCUGUCAAGGAAAAUGACCGCUUUGCCAUGACUGGAUUGUGCAUUGGUUUACGAUGGCUCCUUUCUUAUUUGCACGAAAGCGCCAGUAUUCAGUGUGUACCUGUGAAAGCCGUGGAGUUAUUUCUCUGUGAACGCCUCACGACCGAUCUUCUGCGCCUAGAGAAGUUGACUGGUUGCCAUUUCUCUAAAAAUAACAAUUAUAUCUCCUGCAAGAUUGUACAGGCCGUUCAGCGACCCGGUCAGCUUUAGAACCCGCAAAGUGUUCAACUCAGAUUUACGGAUGCAGUUACUGUAUUCUUUGGCAGACAAGCGUUGAUUCUUGAAAUUCUUAUUGUUGUUACUUGUUUACAAUUGAACACUAUGUAAUAUAUAACAGCGUAAAGCAAAACUUGAGUACUAAGUAAUUUUAUUGUCUUGUGUCAGUUUCGUAUGUGAUACGCAUGUUUUGCCGGUGCUUCACGUUUUACUGUUUCGAACUAGCUUGCUUUAUUUGAAACUUUUUAUUUUUACUAUGGUUUCAAGAUUUAGUAGAGAUGUUUCAAUAAUUAAACGAUGAACCAUAUGA